AAUGUAGGCGCAGCUGUGUGGAAGCCGGCUCCCUUCGUGGGAGUGGGAGUGGGGACCUGCCCCGCUCCAGGGAGGGGUGGGACCCCGUCGCUGGCCAUGCUUUCCGCCCUGAGCCGAUGGGUACCUCAGAAAUGGCGCGGGUCAGGCUGCCCCGUGUUCCUGGGAUCCGCGAUCUACUGUGCUGUCGUGAGGACCCGAAGUAGGGAGUUGCAGGUGCGGCGAGGGAGGAGCCCCCCGACCCGGUGCUCAGCUGCGCUGCCUGGGAGACCAGGAAAUGGCCCGGUGCGGCGGCCUGGCUGGAGCCUCCCGACUGGCCGCCAGGGGGCAGGGGCUGCCAAUGCUGGGCUCCAGUUGCUCCUGGACAGGCUUUGCUUCCCAGACUGCUGCCGGUUGGCCCUGCUGGUGGAAGGGGGACCCAUGCCAGCACCACCUCCCACCUAAGAGUCCUUGGGGCGGGGCCUUCCAGAGCUACUGCCACACGGACCGGACCGGAGAGGAUCCGAGAGGAUCCGUCCACUUUGCUCCUCCCUGGACCCCAGGGAGGGCAUCAGUACCAGAGUACCAGGGGCACCGACAGCCUCUGGGCUGGACCCAGUGCCACCUAUUGACAGUGGAGGGUGGCUUUGGUCUGACAGGAAUAGAGCUGGCAACAUAGGGCUGACCCGCCCCUGCUCUCACCUGCUCAUCAAGGUAGGUCGGAGGGCAGGGCUCUCUGCAGACCCCUGUGCCCAACUUCUGGCUUCAGGGGGUCUACCCCACAGCCAGCAUUUCUCUAAGGCCUAGGAAUGCCUAGAAGCAGGGCUAUGACUGACAUCCUGGACAGGCAGGCGUUGGGACAAACCCGUGAUCACAUGCCUGCAGUGGCACCCCCACUCCAUUCUUCCCUCUGUGCCUGACUCUGCUGCAUGUCUGCCUCUGUUCUCCUCCCACCCCCUGUGAUGCUAGGGCGCCGCCCAAGUGUAGCAAUGGAGUCCUGGUAGGCGUGGGCAGGCCCCCCUGAGGGACCAGGUCCGUGGUCAGCACAGGCAGGGUGGGCAGAUUCCAAGAAGGGGACAGACCGCAGGAGCAGGGGCCAGGGCAGCUGCUGUGGUGUUGGAGGGCACCUGAGUAGAGGCUGGCAGUGCAGGCUCGGUGUGCCAGUGAUCGAGAGGCAGCUACGGAGCAGGAGAGAGAAGAGGCACCCCCUUAGGACCCCGACAAGGCCUAGGGGCUGUGAGCAGGCUCCCAAUCAAGAGGGUUGAGGACAGAGUUGAGUCAGCCCUGUGUUGUCCUCAGGCUCACGGGGCCCACUGGCUCUGUCAGAACUAAGCCUCCUUCCACUGCCAAGGGGACAGGAGGUAGCUCUGGGCCCAGCCCCAGGACUAGGGGCCUCUGGCAGAGACACCCAGACCAGUCUGGCAGAUGGCCCGGGUACCCUGAUCGGUAUCAGGAGGGGAUGCCCUGGCAUCACAGGUGUGCCCAGGGGGCAAGCAGGCUACCAUGCUUUCUAGGAGGGACCCCUCACAUGUGGGUCCCAAGUGGUGGGGGGGGCCUCCCCCUUUAGGUGUGUGUGAAUUGCUAUUGGAUUUGUGAACCAGCCUCAGGUGUGUGGCCUCCACUGAGGUUAUGGUACACCAGUGCAUAUGAACCAUCCCCAUAUAUGGACCUGCUUUGGACGUGUGAUGCCCCCUCGGGUGGGUGUGGAGCUUCUACUAGAUUUGUGAGUCCCCAUCAGCGUUGAGUGCCUGCCCUUCUCCCCCAGGAUGCCCGCAGGAGGGCUGAGGUGUGGCAUGCCGUAAGCUAGCAGGGGCCCUGUUGGAGAGGGUGCCCUGCCAAGGAGGGGGGUCCUUUCCAGGGAGGUGUGUCCCCCCAGGGAGGGCCCUACUGGAGGAGUCUCUUGGCAACGGGGAAUCCUGCCUUGAAGGGGCAUCAUGCUGGAGAUGGGGGUCCCUGCAGGGAAAGAUAUACUGUCAGGGAGAGGGAGGUCUCUGUGGGGGAGGUGCCUCCCACCUCAACCCCCGGGAAGGAGACAUCAUGCUUUGGAGAGAACCCUGCUGAGGAGUGGACCCAGUGUCUGACCAGUGUAAAUUCUUCUAAGCCUCUAGGCGGACACCUGGACUGACCCCUACCCAUCCCCGCCUCCCCGCUUCCAGCUUGGUAGGAGGCCUCCGUCGGAGGAGUGGCAGAAAGCGGCGCGCUGGGGCCUGGGAGGCAGGGCAGGGCAGUUAUUCUUAGAUACGGCCUUGUGUCGAGUUUCAGACUUGUUUGUGCAUUGGAGGCACCUUGCGGGGGCCGGAACUGCCCUGCUCUCUGCUCAGCCUUGGCUGGGGUCUGGAUGGUCUGGCCCCUUGGGCGUCUGCAGCUGCCUAGGAACGCCUGGCACCACCAUUAAUCCUCUUAAGCCUGUGCCCAAGGCCCCACGCAGGGCUGUGCGCCGGAGCUCACCUGCCCCAGGGCACCGGGCACGCCAGCCCACACCUGCACACCCAUCUCCGGAACCCGCCUGCUUGCGUCAACCUGCCUUCCUGGGCCAUGAGCAGCCCCCCAGCUUACCCUGGCAUCAGGAUCUCGGGGUGCUGGGCCCUGGGAGCCGAGAGCAGCAGCAAUGCAGAGUCCCUGGACAGGCUGCUCCCGCCUGUGGGUGCAGGGCGCCCACCCCGGAAGCGCACGACAAGCCAGUGUAAGUCAGAGCCGCCCCUGCUUCGGACCAGCAAGCGGACCAUCUACACGGCCGGCCGGCCCCCCUGGUACAACGAGCACGGCACGCAGUCCAAGGAGGCCUUCGUCAUCGGCCUGGGUGGUGGCAGUGCCUCAGGGAAGACCACGGUGGCCCGGAUGAUUAUCGAGGCGCUGGAUGUCCCCUGGGUGGUCCUGCUGUCCAUGGACUCCUUCUACAAGGUGCUGACUAGGCAACAGCAGGAGCAGGCCGCAAACAACAACUUCAACUUCGACCACCCCGACGCCUUCGACUUCGACCUCAUCGUCGCCACACUGAAGAAGCUGAAGCAGGGCAAAAGCGUCAAAGUGCCGGUUUAUGACUUCACCACCCACAGCCGCAAGAAGGACUGGAAAACACUCUAUGGCGCCAACGUGGUCCUCUUUGAGGGCAUCAUGGCCUUUGCGGAUAAAACGCUGCUGGAGCUCCUGGACAUGAAGAUCUUCGUGGACACCGACUCAGACGUGCGCCUGGUGAGGCGCCUGCGGCGGGACAUCGGCGAGCGUGGCCGGGACAUCGAGGGUGUCAUCAAGCAGUACAACACGUUCGUGAAACCUGCCUUUGACCAGUACAUCCAGCCCACCAUGCGCCGGGCUGACAUCGUGGUGCCCAGAGGGAGCGGAAAUGCGGUUGCCAUCGACCUGAUCGUCCAGCACGUGCACAGCCAGCUGGAGGAGAGGAAGCUGCGCUGGGAUAUGGCUGCACUGGCCUCUGCACACCAGUGCCACCCCCUCCCUCGGACACUGAGCGUCCUCAAGAGCACACCACAGGUGCGGGGCAUGCACACCAUCAUCAGGGACAAGGAGACCAGCCGGGACGAGUUCAUCUUCUAUUCCAAGCGGCUGAUGCGGCUGCUCAUCGAGCACGCCCUCUCUUUCCUGCCCUUCCAGGAGUGUGUGGUCCAGACCCCGCAGGGCCAAGACUACUCGGGCAAGUGCUACGCUGGAAAGCAGAUCACCGGCGUGUCCAUCUUGCGUGCUGGGGAGACCAUGGAACCAGCACUGCGGGCUGUGUGCAAGGAUGUGCGCAUCGGCACGAUCCUCAUCCAGACCAACCAGCUGACCGGGGAGCCCGAGCUCCACUACCUGCGGCUGCCCAAGGACAUCAGCGAUGACCACGUGAUCCUGAUGGACUGCACUGUGUCCACGGGUGCAGCGGCCAUGAUGGCCGUUCGAGUGCUCCUGGACCACGACGUGCCCGAGGACAAGAUCUUCCUGCUGUCCUUGCUCAUGGCCGAGAUGGGUGUGCACUCCGUGGCCUAUGCCUUCCCUCGCGUCAAGAUCAUCACCACGGCGGUGGACAAGCGGGUCAACGACCUGUUCCGGAUCAUCCCUGGCAUUGGGAACUUUGGCGACCGGUACUUUGGGACAGAUGCUGUACCGGACGGUGGCAGCGAUGAGGAGGAAGUGGCCUCUACGAGUUAGUAGUCCCAGCUGUGCCCUGCCCUGUCGUCCUCCCACCCCUGGCCUACACUUGCCAGACACCCAGAAGCUAACUUAUUGUAGAAAUAAAAAGUUGCUUGUC